AUGAACAAGUCGAUUGGGGCACAACUCCCCCGGACUUGGAACAACAAGGCAUGGGGACACGUCUGCCAAAGUAGGUAUGUUUCAACCAACUUUGAAUACAGCCCCUCCAGUACAAUCUCCCGUUUUAAGGGCAUCCCCAUUGUCGAAAGGGAUUCCACAAAAUGGCAGAAAUCACCCCACCCUGGGAAGGCACAACAGACAUUCCCCGAUAGCAACCACGCAUUUUUCGAGCUAAUUAAAAAAAGCGCAAAAGAUAAAAAAGAAAAAAAUGAUCUCUCUCUUUGGAACAAGUAUUGCAGAGAAGUAAAAAUAAGAGUGAACGAAAAGAAUAUUAGCCCCCAGAUGAUUACGUUUUUUUUUACGUUCCUUUCACAGACGGAUUAUAAAAAUGACCGCCUUAUCAGUGAGGUGUUAAAUCGGUGCAUUCUGCGCCUUGGCGAAUUUGACCUCGUGCACAUGUGUGCUCUGCUAAGCGCAUUAGGGAGGAUGCACUUCCGGAGCGCCUACUUUUUGGACGAGGCGAGGAAGAAGUUGAUGGGUGAGGGCGACGCCUACUUUGAGCGGCACUCGCCUCACUACGUGUGUCUUUUGGUGAACAGUCUGGCCAAGCUGGGCAGCUCCCCGGAAGGGAGUAACAAUGAGCGUAAUGGUGAACAUAGUGCGGUCGAAGCGGGUAACGAAAAAGAGUGUUGUGAUAACACCAUCGCGGUGGAACAGCGCAGCGGUGUUUAUGACGGCCCGCCAGAGGAACAGCUCCUGCCCCGCAUGGUCCAGCGAAUCCAGCACAGGCGCGUGGCGGAGUACAGCCUCGUCGGGAUGAGCCUCCUCCUUUAUAACGUCUCUAAGUUAGGUCUCCAAAAGUACUACCACCUGUUUGGUCAGUUUGAAAAACACAUAGUGCAGGUAAAGAACGACCUAAACAUAAUCCAGCUGGUUAACAUAUUAACGGCAUACGAAAAAGCGUCCCUUCUCAGUUUGUCCUUUCUGGACGAACUCUUACACAGCCAAGUAGUGGAAUGUGGAGAGAAGGGUCGAAAAUUUUGUGUGCACCAUUUGGCGAGACUGCUAAACGUUUCGCUAUCGUUCGUCCUUUAUACAAAGGAGAAGAGAAGUAAUGCACCAGGGGGAAGCGAUGCGUUACGCCGCGUAGGGAAACAGACCGUCCAUAUGUUUAGCCAGAUAUACAGACAGCUAGACAAGUGUAGGGGCAAGGACCUACCUUUGGUAUGCCAAACGUUAAGUAGAAACAAAAGACUCAUCAUUAGAAGGAAGGGACAAAUUUACACUGGGGAUUCUUCCCCCUAUUUGAUCUUCUCCCGCAUGAGGUGUGUACUCAGUAGCCUUUUCGAAAAAAUAACAACAGGGGUGAAAAGAUAUAUUAACAGGUACAACCAUGUGCAGCUAUCCACCAUCCUUUACUGCUACGCAAGUUAUGACGUCCGAGACAGGACCCUUUUUCAUCUAAUCAAGUUGAGGUCCUUACAAAUAUUUUCAUCCUUUGGGCACAAGUCCUUUUCCUUUCUCUUCAAUGCCUUUAAACGUAUGAACAUAGAGGAUGUGGUCUUCGAAAAGUCUUGUCUGAAUAGAGUGGCACAGUUGGGUCAUUUUAGCUGCGUAGAAACUUUUUGCCUGACUCUCUCGGCGUAUGCCUCCGUGAGGGAGGACAGACAGAGGGAGGACCUUUCCCGUUUGAUGUUUGCAAAUUUUAGCAAAGUCAUCUCCAGUGUGGAUACUUCAAACGUGGUUACUACCAAUGUGGGCCACCAGAUCAGCCGGCUGACGAGCCUCCUCACCAAAGUGCGGAAAAUUCCCCCCGGGGAGAUGCUGCACCUAUUGGUUAGUAACUACCCAAAUUACGAACACACCCUUUCAACGGCCAGCUGCACAAGUCUCCUCACUUCAGUGUCCAACCUGUGUGCAAGCCUAAACGCGAAGGAAGUGAAGGAAGCAAACCCACCCUGGAAGAGCUAUUACAACUUUGUAAAUUCCCUAACGGGAAAAAUUCUUGCAGAUAGCCAUUUGUAUAGAAAUAAAGAUCUGCUAAUAAACUUCCUACAUGGAAGUGGGAAAAUCUUCCCUUCUUCCGCCAAAUGCACCACAGUGGAUGAGAAAAAAAUGUUUUACUUUGAGCAGAUACUCAUAACUGUAUUGCCGCAUGUGUAUCCCUUUAUUGGAGAAAUGAGCAUGGGGGAAAUUGCCGUCCUGGUGGAGUGCCUCAGUAAGGUGAAUUACUCCCAGGAGGGAAUUGCAUCCAUGGGAUCGGCGAAUGGCGUGCAGUUGGAUGAUCUUGGGGGGGCCGUGCUGCACAGGGUCAAGCGGCUGCUGCGUGGAGGUGAAGAAACCACAAACGUGCAGGGGGAAAGCGUGGAAGAGGCAAACGUGGAAACGCCUACCAUACGAAUUGCUAACGCGAUUACCGUUUGGAGGGGGUUGCUGAGUCUGGGACUUCACGACAAGGAGUUGUUCCAAUUGAUAGUCCAACGGUGCAUCCUGUCCUCAUCAUGCCUAUCGUCCGUCACGCCCUUAUCCCAAGCCAUACACUACGUGUGCGUUUACAGCAUGAUUACAGGGCCCACUCCGAAGAAGCAACACAUAGAGCUAUUACGGUUUUUACUUAACACAGUACACAGGUUAAUGGUUAACGAGGGGCUAGCUCAAUUCAACUGCAGAGGUGAAGACGAUGAAAAGGAUGAAAAAGAUGAAGUCCUCUCUGAAGAAAAUUUAAGAAGAUUUACCAGUGAGCCUCUUUUGGAGAAGGCCCUCGCAGGGUUAUGCGAAGCUGUUAUGAUAAUCCUGCCCCACGUUUGCAACGUACGGAUGGAUGAUCAUGGGGAUAACAAACUUCAUUCCGUUGCGUUUCGACCCCUGAGCAGUCCUUUGUUGUUGCAUUUUUACCUGGCCAUUUUAAAAAUAGCUGAACAAGUCAAGCAAAAAAAAAAAAAUAAAUAUCACCCAUUUCGCAGAAACGAAUUAAGUGACGUGGUGGAAGAGAUACGUCAGUGCACGUUGGGCAUGCAGAUACGCAGCGUGUAUUUGGAGCUUCCCCCCUUCAGCGUGCUGGUGUUGGAUGGGCCAACAUUUCCUUCUUAG